AUGCAACAGAUUAACACAUGUUCGCGUACUGCUGACUAUCAAAUGACAAGAGCAUGCGACGUUGGAAUUGAUCAAAACACAUUGGACCAUAUCAGAGAGCAAGUUCAAUCAUGCUUUACAUUGAUGGAGAUGGCCGAGAAGUUCACUCAUGACCUUGAUCAUCAUAUCAUGUACAUUGAAUCAGACAACUAUUCAUUCUUCUCGCCAAUGACCAACACAUGGACACGAAUCGAAAAGGAUAUAGAUGGUUCCUUUAGCGACCUACACAAAGCAACAGUGUACGCUCGAGGGAAUGUCUACAUCUUUGGAGUCGGUGAUGAUCAAAAGUAUCUUCGCUUCUCACUGGCCGAUCGUCAAUGGCACUGUCACGAUAUGAUCGAUGGCAUGUAUCAUAUGUCUGCUGCUUACGAUGGAGACAAGCACAUCUAUUUGAUUGGUGGCACCUUUGGAGCCAAGGUGAGCAUGUUUGACAUUGAGACACAACAAUUCCAUUCCGUUGGAGAGUUGGAUCAUCCCAUCUUUGAGCCGUUCACCCUGGUCCACUCAAACAUACUCUUCAUCUUCAAUUGCCUCACAACCAACGAAUAUCUCAACAAGUACAUCACAUUCGAUCUGGACACCUUUGAGGAGAUAAACUAUGAUCUUCCGGGCCGAAUUGAUUCACUGGUAUAUGAUGGCCAUGACAAGGUGUACAUCUUGUUCGAAGGCGGUAAAGGACGAUUCAUUAAGGUUCGAAGACAAUGA